GGCGGCGGCUUCUGGUGCUGCUGCUGCUGCUUCAGCUUCUCCUUCCUCCCGGAAUUAUACUCUCACCCUGUCAUACGCAUGUCUAAAAUAUGUCAUGGCACCCUCCUUUUAAUGAAAAAGCAUACAUUCAACCUCUGUUUGGUACAAGGCCAUGCUUCCCAAGAGAUUGUUCACUUUAUGGUCAAGUCCCAUAUUCAGUGGCACCUUUCUGGUUUCACCCAAGAGUGUAUGUGCCUAUGCCUGUGGCUGUAGAUGCAUCAUAUCCACAUCUGGUAGUGCCUUCUUCCACAUCUGUCACCUUUAAAUAUGGACAAUUGGAAAACAGUUACUACAGAUAUGCUACUGCUGAAAUGAACGGCUGGGGAAUUCAGGUUUUAGAAAAGCCAAAUACUAUUCAUAGCUUUUCUGGUGAAAAAGCUGUUAAACCCCAUCAGCUACCUUCAGAUGGUUCUGAGGAAAGUAAGCUCAGUGAAGCAAUGCUUGUUGCUUCUGGAAACGAUUCUGACGUGGGAGCCAUGGAGCAGAGAGAGAGUGAAUUUGAGAACAAUUCUCAUACAUCAACAGUCUUGAGUGCACUCCAUGGAUCAGAACAUUCUGAAAAAAAUACAGUUAAUGAUAUCUCUGACUUUUGCUUGAAUCUUGCUAAUUGCUCCUCUUCAUGCCAGUCAUGUUACAUAAGUGCCUCAGAAUUAAGCGUAUCAAAAGGAAGCUUGCCUUAUUUUAGUGCAUUGCCUGAUGAGGAACUGGAAUCUGCACAUAAGGAAGGUGAGGGAAUGUCCAUUGCACUGCCUAAUGUAAGUGAGACAGAUAUGAACUUGAAUACUGCUGCAGACUCUUCCUACUUAAGUAGCAAUCAAAAUGAGGAGUACAAAUGCAGAGGCGUAGAUGAUUCCACACUAGACUGCAUCGGACUACAAGAUUGCAUUGGUCAUCAGCCAGAAGCUUUUCAGGACAAGGAACUGUCAAAUGAAAAUCAGCUUGCAGAUGCCCUGUGUCCCAUGAACAAACAAAAAGAUGAGUCUCCUACUUCAGGUUGUAGUAUUGAUUGUGACUGCUACAAAUACAGCAAAAUACCAGAAUUCCUCCCGACUUCGCAAGAUAGCAAAUGUGACACACAAGGCAAAGGUUUGAAUUUUGAUGAUCAACCAGGAGAUGAGACUAUUAGUUUGCUCAGUAGUAUUGUCAAUAAACAUUCAGUUAGUGCUAAGGUUAAUAAUCCAAAAUUAUUCUCAGGGAGCAACUCUAAAAUUUAUAAAAAUAUGAAAACAGAUUAUCUUUCAGGUAGUACCCUGAAAACUGGAAAGACACAUGUAUUGCAGCAGGAAAGAAAAUGUUCCCAUGCACAUACCUCUAGCGGUGAUACAGAAAUUUCAGAUUUCUCUGAUUAUGAAGCUGUAGUUGAUUCUAAGAAGGCAAAUCGCGCAUAUAAAGCAUUUAAUAAUCAGAGUGCAAUUAACCAAGCUGUUGAUGCAAGUUCUGAUUUUAGAGCUUGUUUUACAACAAGCAGAGCAACUAAUGUCAAGGCUUCUGUAGUGUCCAGAGGACAAAAUACAGUUAUAACAAUGAUGAACAAAGAAAGGCCCAAGCAGUGGCUGAGGGAUUCCGUCAGAAGUGUUGCCUGCAAUACAGAUUGGUCAUGCAUAUCUGACAACAUGGAGAUGACUACCGCACAAGCAGCAAUGGAUGAAAUGUUGGAAAACUGUAUCACUAGUGACAAGGAUCUUUUGGAAUGGAAAAAUAGCACUAGCAGAGACUUAAAUGAAAUUCCAAGCAGGAUAAUGCAGCUUUCUCAAGAAAUAAACAACCAUUUACCAAGCUGCUGUAAGGAAAUACUGGAGAGAGCUAUAAAAGCGGAAGUGCAGCUUUUAAAAAUUCGCUAUCAGAUGUAUCAACAGCACUGCUGGCAGACUUGCAUUAAUUCCAUGGACAAAAAGAAAUCUGUAAAUGGUUCUACCCUUGGGUCAGGAAAAUCUGUGUUUCAGGUGUCAUUGCCACAGAAUAUGGAAGUUUCUUCACUCCCUUUAGUUACAUGUCAAAAGAAGGAUGGUGAAAACAGUAGCCCUGAUUUGUCCCUUUCCAACAAAACCUCUGAAGAACAGAAAUAUGAACUUAUGGAAAAUAGUUCUUCAGAUACUCAAGAAAUCAGUGAAGGCUGGUUUGACGCUACAGAGAACCUGACAGUAACUGAUUCUUCGCUGCCACUUACAGAUCAGUUAAGGCCAAGUGAUACAUCAGAAACACAGACUAUAAAAGACACAAAAAAGGAGCUAAAGAACAUAUAUAGUGUUCAUGUCGCAGAUUUAGGUCCCUUAGUAUCAGAGGUUGAUCUGUGGCUUCAUUUCCAGAAGUAUAAUGUUUCUGAGAUUUCCAUUUGUGAAUAUUCUGCCAAUUGCAGAUACGCUUUCCUUAGUUUUAAAACAGCCUGUGGUGCAAAGCUGGCAGUGAAAGAAAUGAAUGAGAGAGAAAUAAAGGGGCAAGCCGUAAAGGUUCGUCUUGUAAAGACUGCAAAAGAAAAUGGGCUCCCGGAUUAUCAGAGUUAUGUGAAACCAGAGUAUGAAAACAAAGGACCACGUUAUAGCUGUGAAAAGAAUAACGAAAAUAGAAAUAACUGCAAUGUUAUGUUUAAUGCACCCACUUCCGCCUCAGCUGCUUGCAAAAUGCCUGUCAUCUCUUCAAAAGGGCCCAGUAUCUCCAAAAGUCCUCUAAAGUUACCUUUCCCUUCAGCAAGUCCUCCCAGGCCUCUCUUGGACUCUUCAAAAGGGUCUCUUUGUGCUUCAGCCCCUUACAAAGUACCCAAGCCUGAUCUCAAAUCUUCUAAACUUUCAUCAGAAAAUGCACAUCUUGAAAUUGAUCAAGAGGAUCUUGCAGGGGGCCUCUUACCGUUGGGUUCAGUACAGUUUGUUCCAAAUCCAUCUGCUACCUUUAUACCACCAAACGCAUUAAACUUAAGAAGCUUCCGUAAAGUGGUGAAGAAGCUGGAAGAUCUGUAUCCAGAGCUUCAUAGGGACAAAAUUUUGGAUGCUUUGGUAGAGAUAAAAGAAAAUAAGGGUUUGCUUAGUGGCUUAUCGCUUAGCUCUAUUGUGCAAAUGACUUCAUCACUUCUGGAAAAGAGAUUUGGAUGUAAAUCUGAUGGAAAGCAAAAGAAAUAAGCAGUGACUCUGCAGCUGUCUGUGAAUCUGAACGUAUUUUUUCCAGGUGUGUCUGUCACUGGCAUGAAUGAAAAGAAAAGCCAUCAUUGCAGGCCUGAAAAGAGAAUGCGCACUCAGUUGAGGAGCUCUAAGUGAAUUUAAAGAGGAACGAAAUGUUAGUUUAUGGAAAACUGAGUUGUUUGGAAAAUGUUCCAGCUUUCAAAGAUAUGCACGUUUGCAAGGAACUGGUGGUCUUCUGCUCUUUUACUCUGCAGUGAACAAAAAUCUUUUCCUUAGGUAACUAUUAAGCAAAAAGUUUCAUCUUUUGUUUUGGUAACCAUAUUUUGUGUUUGUCAGCUACUGUAAUGUGAAACAACUUUAGAAAAUAAUAUGUAAUUAAGAAUCUGAUGUGGCUGAAGUUUGUAGCUGCAGUUUCAAUAAACAUGUUUGGUUGUA